AUGUCUUUCUCAAGUCUGGUUCAAGAUAUUGCCUUUCGCGAUGCGAAGGGCACCGACGAGCGGUCUACCAUAUCUCGCCCUUCAGCUCCCUCGCAAGCGCGAUCAUACACCUCCACUGCUGCCACCAGCGUGAGCAUUGCAGGGGAUAUUUCCUCACAACUACAUUCGGGGUAUAGUCACCCGCUGUCUCGAGCAUGGCAAGCAGAACGACAGCUGACCAAGUCUAUGCUCAUCUAUCCGCUUUUCAUCACAGACGACCCAGACGAAGAGACUCUGAUCCCGUCAUUACCAAAUCAACACCGCCGGGGCAUCAAUCGGCUCAUACCCUUCCUUACGCCGUUAGUCCGCAAAGGUCUGAAGUCAGUCAUCCUCUUCGGAGUGCCUCUUGCGCCCAACGCAAAAGAUGCAUUGGGAACCUCAGCCGACGACCCAGAAGGACCGGUCAUAAAAGGCAUUCAGAUCAUCAAGCAGCAUUUCCCGCAGAUGUUCAUCGUCUGUGACGUCUGUCUGUGCGAGUACACUUCACAUGGACACUGUGGCAUACUGAGGGAAGACGGCUCGUUGAACAACGCUAUGUCGGUGGAGCGAAUCUCUGAUGUAGCAAUGGCAUACGCACACGCCGGCGCGCACUGUGUGGCGCCUUCGGACAUGAACGACGGACGUAUUCGGGCGAUCAAGCUGAAGCUCAUCGAGUCUGGUCUGUCCCAUCAAGUCAACCUUAUGUCUUAUGCCGCCAAGUUCUCCGGCUGUCUGUAUGGGCCUUUCCGAGACGCAGCAGGGUCAUGCCCAUCGUUCGGAGACCGCAAGUGCUAUCAAUUACCCCCAGGAGGCCGAGGACUUGCGAGAAGAGCGAUUCUGCGAGACGUGAAUGAGGGAGCUGACAUCAUCCUUGUGAAGCCGGCCUCGCAGUACUUGGACAUCAUCUCAGAUGCUAAAGAGUUGGCGCGAGAUCUACCAAUCGCUGCUUAUCAGGUCAGUGGCGAGUUUGCAUGA